AUGGCCUCCAGGGACGGUAAUGGUCGGAUUAUCCUCCACUUGGAUUAUGACUGUUUCUAUGCCGCCGUUUUCGAGGCCGACCAGCCGGCUUUGAAAUCACGUCCAUUGGCCAUCCAACAGAAACAGAUUGUCGUGACAUGUAACUACGAAGCCCGGAGGAGGGGUUUGUAUAAGUUGCAGCGUAUCCAGGAUGCCAGGCAGGUCUGUCCCGAUGCGGUUAUUGUUUUGGGGGAGGACCUCACCCGGUUCCGGGAUGUGUCCAAAGAACUUUUCCUUUAUUUGCGAAGCUUGAUUUGGGGAGAUCGUGUUGAAAAAUUAGGUUUUGACGAGCUAUUCCUUGAUGUAACCGAUAUGAUUGACUACAACGUCGACUUAUCAAAUACCAACGACUUGGAACACUCUUUUUUUCAUCUUGACCGCCAGGAUCCUACUGUCGGUUUCAUCUACAACGCUACCAAAUUCUACGGUCCUACAUGGCCCCCGGUUGAUCAGCACCCAACCAAUUCACCAGAAACACGAGGAUACUUCUUGGCCCCCGAAUCAGAUCUACUGUACAUGCGGCUCUUAGUAGCUUCGCACUUAGCUGGCUAUCUGCGACAACAGCUCGAGUCUCACAAGGGCUACACAGCCACGGUAGGAAUCUCCACCAACAAAUUAUUGGCAAAGCUGGUAGGCAAAGUUCAUAAACCAAAGUGUCAAACCACGCUUCUGCCACCCUACGGAGUCGGUGAGGGACCAGACGUCACUAUUGACAGUAAUGUCAUCCACUUCGUGGACAGUCAUGAGAUCCGCGAAAUCCCGGGGAUAGGCUCCAAAAUUGCACAUAAACUCCAUGACCACAUGUCUCACUCGAUGGAUGACAGACCCCUUACCGUGCGCAAGCUUCGUCUGUUGCCUGGAAUGGGUCCUGGGUUACUCAACCACAUCUUGGGGGGUCCUGGGCAUUCUAAGGGCAUGGGUACCAGGGUUUGGGGCCUGAUCCACGGCGUCGAUGAUUCCGAAGUCUUGGAAGCCAGAGGCGUUCCGACCCAGAUAAGCAUCGAAGAUUCUUACGGCUGGCUAGUCCGUUUUGACGUUGUGAAGAGUGAGCUGUUGAAGCUAACGAUUAGCUUGCUUCGUCGGAUGCGCACAGAUCUGACCGAGAACUCAGCCGGGGGUGCCAUCCGAUGGCGUGCACAUCCGCGAACCCUGCGUCUGACUAGCCGACCCCGUCGUCCUUCCAACCCGGACAAUCCUUAUCACAAUCGCAUGUCCCGUUCUGUGGCACUGCCCCGUUACGUCUUCAACAUGGGAGAUCGGAUUGAGGCUGUAGCCGAGAAACUAGUGCAGGAACAUGUCUUGGCCCUAUUUCGGCGUCUUCACCCGGAGAAAUCUGGGUGGAAUUUGAGUCUACUAAACAUCGCCGUGACUAACAUGGUUGACACAGCGGGAGACAGAAAGCAAAACAGCGGGCGAGAUAUUGGAUCUAUGUUUCAGAGACAGGAACCAGUCCGCAUUCCUGCUGAGGAUGUGACUAUCCAUGCAGAUGAGCCUACGUGGGAAGAGAGCGAUGAGGACGAAGCCAUGCCAAGUGUACUAUGCAGGAUUUGUGGGGUGAUGAUUCCUUGUUUGGCUCUGGAAGCUCAUGAAGUGUACCACCAAGCGCUGGAUUAG